GUAAGCUAAAUCUACAAAAUGUCAUUUUUCCAUUUCAUCAAUUGCUUCGCGUUGGCAUUUGCACCAUAUUUUAUUGUCUACAAAUACUCAGGAAUUAACGAAUACAGUUCCAUCUGGAAAUGUGCAACUGCUAGUGGUGGAUAUUUGCUGACACAACUCGCCAAACUGCUUAUCAUUGCCACAUUUUUCCCAGCCCUCGACAGUGAAGGAUUCAGUAUUGUGCCGGAAUUCCUAAAAAGCAGUGCUGACAUCAUCGAUGUCAUUGGGCUUCACCUUCUGAUGACCAACUUCUUAGCCGGAAAAGGAGAAGUUCGAUUCGUUGUCGGUGGUCUUGGCUGGGGAUUCGCUCAUUCUGUUGCUCAUCGUCUUGUUCUUUUAUGGGUUGGAGCUCGUGGAACCGCUUUCACAUGGCGUUGGGUUCAGACAUCUCUUGAUUCCUCAGCUGAUCUAUUGGUUAUUGUGUCUCUCGCCUGCCUUACAUGGAUGAUCACCCGCACUCCAAACAAGUUCUUGGUGUCACCGAUCCUUGCGAUGUGUGUCUUCUCAACAUUCGUUUAUCAAACCGUUCAACACACAUUCUCUCUCUACGGAUGGUCUCUCUUGGCAUUCCGCUUUGCCUACUCCAUCGCAACAGCAAUUCUCACCGUCGUUGUCUAUUCGGCAAACCGGACAGCGUCCACAAGAAAGAACGAGUAGCAACACAUAUUCUGCUAUAAUUCACUUUUUGUCAGUUUCAAUACUAUCUUAGAUUCUUUCAGAAUUUAUAUAUUUAUUCGAAAUUUUCUUCUCUCCUUGUUCAUGUUUAUACAAGUACCCAAAAAUAUUUAUUGUUUAAUUUAAUAACUGCUUCAAAAAUUGUCGUCCUUAUAUUUACUCUACAAUUUUUAUCUCUUUUUAUUAAAGGUUAAAUACCUUU